CAAGAGAUCACUUUCCUUCGCGGAGCAGACAAGUUGGUUCCACAUUUUUUAAUGUGAAACAAAACUUGCAUCUUGUUUUUUUACCCCUGACAUUGCCAUCAAUAUGGAAAUGAACGGCAGCGCCGACAGAUAAAAUGGAGGGGAGGUUCCCCAUACAGGUGUCUGGCACGGUGGCAGCCCCUCUGCUCUCCUGAACAUGAACCACUAUGCCAAUAAGAAGAGUGCAGCAGAGAGCAUGCUGGACGUAGCCCUGCUCAUGGCCAACGCUUCCCAGCUGAAGGCUGUCCUGGAGCAGGGGCCAGACUUCUCCUUGUACACUCCCCUCAUCACUCUCAUCAGCAUCUCCCUCAGCCUGCAGGUCACUGUGGGGGUCCUCCUCAUCUUCAUCGUGCGGUGGAACCUGAAUGACCAGAGUAAACACUUCAGGCUGAAUGUAAUGGAGAACCUGGCCACAGGCCUCGUCUUCGUCAUCGUAGUAGUCAACGUCUUCAUCACUGCAUUUGGAGUACAGAAACCCAAUCAGAAAGCCUGACCAGGACACAGAAAUGCAUCACCACCCCCUUAGGUACACAGGUGCACACACACACACACACACACACACACACACACACACACACACACACACACACACACACACACACACACACACACACACACACACACACACACACACACACACUCUCUUCUCCCCUCUCUCAAACUCAAACAGGAAUUGUUUUGCACUUUCCCCCAAUAGUUUGUCCAUGACUCAGCAGCUGUCCUGUUCUCCGUAUCUCCUGACCUUCCUAAACGCCCAUGCUCCCCCAACCUGACCCAUAAAUACACACUGUUCCAGGACUCGACAGAAACUUCCACUAGAAAACACCCCCCAACAAAACUCAACUACUGUCUUUUUAUCAGUCCAGAACCCUUUUGUCCCGACGAGAGAGAGGUUUGCUUUCAUAAACAACACUGUGUGUUUGUGUAGGAGACCAACAGGAAAACAGAGACAACAGCCAGGGAUCAUGUGACCUCCGUGUCUGCCUCCUGCCCUGUACUGUAGUUAUCCCCAGCAAGCAAGCGCACACACUUUGCCUAUCUCUCGCUCACUCUCACACACAAAUACUCCAAGCCGCAGCAUUGAGGAAGGCUGAGCACCGAAUGUAAAUUUUUUAUCACAUUUAUGAGGUGAAAGGAGGACGUCAUGGGUCUUGCUCAGACAGCCUGGGCCACUGUGCCUGAAGGGUCUGAAGAGCACAUGUAUGGAAAAAGAGUCUGUGCCUCACUCUCAAAACAUAGAGAACACAUUCAGCUUGUGUCGUAGUCUCGUAGUAUGCUGCAUUUACUGCAUUUAAAUAGAACAUAUUGUUGCAGCAUUGAGCAGCAGUUGAUGUGAAACUUGAUCAAUAAAAGAGCUAGCAUUGCACUACAUCAAGGAUCUGCAAUAUCCCGGCUAGAUGUGCCACUGAUAAUCUCGUCUCAGACCAAGGCACAUAGAAGAGCUGUGAGAAGAGUGUAUGGUUAUUUUGGCUGUGUGGUGACUCACUAUCAUCAGAUGCAGAUAGAGAAAGAACUGCUCAUUAAAGCUGAGGCCUUGAUUAGACUCAGUACUGUUACCGCAUACACAAUUAACAUCUCACUUUCUCAGACUCUGUACAUCCUUGUACCAUUCCGUCUCCAGCAUUGAAUGCACAGCUCAUGGUGAAGAAUUUCAUUGGUUAGCUUAAUGUAAUAGAAAUAGCUAUAAAAAAAAAAUCUAGUUUGACGGUUCUGUUCUUACCGCUCAAAAUAAGAUCAUAUGGCAUUGUAAUCCUAGGUUUGGCAGGGACACUCAUAACUACUAUUGUAGCUAUGUACUGAUGGAGUCUGAGGGAACAUGACAUCAUAAUCUAAUGAUACAUUCCCCUUUCUUUCCCAUAGCUUCCAUUGCUAACCAUGGAAUCACACAGACAGACCAUGAUCCAGCUAGUGACACACAAAUCCACUAACCAGGACAAUAGACAGAUCUAUAAACAUUUUGUAUAUCUAUUGCUCUCAUGCACUGUAUCUGGCUCUAACUCAGUGUAUUACCCCUGAGUUGGUUGGAGGAGUCUGGAAUGAAAAGAACUUCUGAAGGAUUUCAUAUUCAGAUGCGCUUCAUCAUCAUCAUGGCUGCAGAUCAUUCUAAGCGGGACUAAUAGAGGUCUGUCUGUUGGGACUGGGAGUACUAGGAUUCAAACAGAACAAUCACUCUAGUGACACCCUCGCCACUCCCUCACCCCUCCAAUCCGCCACUCACCCCUCUUCCCCAUCUGCUCUUUGAUCUGGGUCUCCCUACAGACAGAAACAGAUAUAGAAACACACAGCUCACUGAAGCAAAGCUACUGAGAAUAGACACCAGGACUCUUAACUGCCACAGAGAAUCAUCAUCUACCAGACGUCACUCAUCAUCUAUCUUACUGUAACCAGUAAGGGUACUAGAGGAGAUUCCAUAGAGAAAUACACAUGUUCACUUGAACUGCAGAAUAGUAACCACACCUGUCGUCUAAAGCUGCUACGUAAAGCUGCUAUGGCACUUGUGAUCAUCUUCAUAGCAGCUCAUUUCAUUAUCCUCUUAUCUGGCCUGCAGAUGUCUCUGGGCUAGGUCAGGAGUGCCCUCUAGUGGUAUUUUUGGUGCUAUUGCAAUGAUGUGAGAUCUUUGUAUUACAUUGUCAGGUUAUCACUCUCACAGAUACAUCCUGCUAUGGUAAUAAAUGAACAUCCAAAAAGCACCAUACUGCCUGAAGAAGUGCUGCUGGCUUCUGUAAUGUGUAAGUAUGUUAUUUGUGUAAACCAAUCAUAUUUUUUUGUGAUGUUUGUAUUGUUUCCCACCCCUGAUUUACUCCUAAACAAGUCACACCAAAAUGAAAUGUUAAAAAGGACAGCUGUUACUAACACUAGCAAUGAAAUGUUUAAAAGGACAGCUGUUACUAACACUAGCAACGAAAUGUUAAAAAGGACAGCUGUUACUAACAUUAGCAAUGUGUGUACAUGUAUGUGCACUAGUCUAUUCUUGUUUUUUCCCCAGAACAUUCUACAUUCCUAAUUAUGAAAUGUAUUUUUCUUAAAAUAAUAGUUAUUCUUUAUUUGUCCUAUUUCACACAUGUACAUGUGUGUAUUAAUAAGCAUGUGUGAAUUGGAUAUGCGUUUUUUUUUUUUUUGCAUUUCCCACUCUCCCCGAGACAUCCUGGAGAGUGGGGUCACGGAAUU